AAUGGAUCCAGCUGUGGUCCUGGUGCUCUGUCUCUCCUCUUUCCUUCUCCUUUCCCUCUGGAAACAGAGCUCCAGGAAAGGGAAGCUCCCGCCUGGCCCCACUCCUCUCCCUAUUAUUGGAAAUAUCCUGCAGUUAGAUAUUAAGAACAUCAGCAAAUCCUUAAGUAAUCUCUCAAAAGUCUAUGGCCCUGUGUUCACUCUGUAUUUGGGCUUGAAGCCCACUGUGGUGCUGCAUGGAUAUGAAGCAGUGAAGGAAGCCCUGAUUGAUUUGGGGGAGGAGUUUUCUGGAAGAGGCAGUUUCCCAGCGGCUGAAAGAGCUAAUAAAGGACUUGGAAUCAUUUUCAGCAAUGGAAAGAGGUGGAAGGAAAUCCGGCGCUUCUCCCUCAUGACCCUGCGGAAUUUCGGGAUGGGGAAGAGGAGCAUUGAGGACCGAGUUCAAGAGGAAGCCCGCUGCCUUGUGGAGGAGUUGAGAAAAACCAAUGCUACACCCUGUGAUCCCACUUUUAUCCUGGGCUGUGCUCCCUGCAAUGUGAUCUGCUCCAUUAUUUUCCACAACCGUUUUGAUUAUACAGAUGAGAAUUUUCUAAACAUAGUGGAAAUAUUUGACGAAAAUGUCAAGAUUAUCAGUUCCCCAUGGAUGCAGCUCUGCAAUAGUUUCCCUAUGGUCCUUGAUUAUUUCCCAGGGAGUCACAAAAAAUUAUUUAAAAAUGUUGCUUAUGUAAAAAGUUAUGUUUUAGAGAAAGCAAAGGAACACCAAGCAUCUCUGGACAUUAACAAUCCUCGAGACUUUAUUGAUUGUUUCCUGAUCAAAAUGGAGCAGGAAAAGCAAAAUCAGCAGUCAGAGUUUACCUUGGAAAAUUUGACAGUCACUGCAUUUGAUUUGUUUGGAGCUGGGACAGAGACAACAAGCACUACCCUGAGAUAUGCUCUCCUCCUCCUGCUGAAGCACCCAGAGGUCACAGCUAAAGUCCAGAAAGAGAUUGACCAUGUGAUUGGCAGACACCGGAGCCCCUGCAUGCAGGAUAAGAGCCAUAUGCCCUACAUGGAUGCUGUGGUACAUGAGAUCCAAAGAUACAUUGACCUCAUCCCUACCAACCUGCCCCAUGCAGUGACUCGUGACAUUAAAUUCAGAAACUACCUCAUCCCCAAGGGCAUGACCAUAUUAACAUCACUGACUUCUGUGCUGCACGAUGACAAAGAAUUCCCCAACCCAGAGGUGUUUGACCCUCGCCACUUCCUGGAUGAGAGAGGCAACUUUAAGAAGAGCGAUUAUUUCAUGGCUUUCUCAGCAGGAAAACGGAUGUGUGCAGGAGAAGGCCUGGCCCGCAUGGAGCUGUUUUUAUUCCUGACCGCCAUUUUACAGAAAUUUACCCUGAAAUCUGUGGUUGAUCCAAAGGACAUUGACACCACCCCGAUUACCAAUGGGUUUGCUUCUGUGCCGCCGUCUUACCAGCUCUGCUUCAUUCCCAUGUGAGAACCUCAGAACAUCUGACUUUUCCUGUGAUGUUGUCUCCAACUCCCUCUCACUUGGGGCUUCAUUCACAUACUUCCUUCUUCACCCUCUUCCUGGUAAUGCCUUCUCUGACCUCUUCUCUCCUCAUCACCUCAUUCUCUCAAGUUCCAGGAACAUGCAACCUCCAUGAAAGGGAAUUUCCUGAGUUUCACUGCAUAUUAUUCAACUCUGUAUCUGCUAUUUUCCAUACUCUGUAACAUUCAUAUUGGCCAUCAUAUAUGCUAAUACUUAUAUAAUAUUGAGUAGUGUUAUAUAGUCAAUAUGAAAUAAAGCAAGAUGAUUAGUGUAUACCAAUGCAGAUCCACUUCCCCUCUGCAUUUUCUAAAUAAAAAGUAUGAUUUGAUGA